GGUCCCGUGUCGGAGAGGCACUCAGUGUCCCGCUGACUGUGAACGUGAUAGCAUGUCAGUCCUCAGCCGGGAGAGCGGUAGCCCAUGCGACCUCGCGGGGAAAUCUUGCUAAAACUUUCCUCCCAAAAAAACCGGACUUUUCCCUGAGCCAUGCUGAGGCCAAUGGCAUUAUCAGUAUCAUUAUUACCAUUAUCAUUAUUAUUAUCAUUAUAGCAAGAGCUACCUCUACCCCUGUCGGACUAACAACUUAAUUUCAUAAUGAUGGAAAGAUCGAACUCUAUAGUGACCUGAUAAAAUAAAACCAAAAAAAAAAAAAAAAACUUGUUCACCCUGGCGAAAGUUGACCCAGAGAGGAAGGAGGGGACAGAGAGAGGGAGAAAGAGACAAAGAUAGAGAUAGAGAGAGCGAGAGAGAGAGAAAGAGAAAUAGACAGAGGGGGAAGAACAGAACGAGAGGAGAAAGGGGAGAGAUGAUUCUCACUUACCUGUCGGCACUUCUGUUGUGGCAAUGCACCGGAGGCUACUGCGACCUACUGCGGGGAAUAGAGGUGCCCCUCUACGCCUUCGCCGGGGGCCAGGCCACCCUCAGCUGCACCUACGACUUGAGGGCGACCAGGCUUUACUCCCUCAAGUGGUACCACAACAAUACCGAGUUCUACAGAUACGUCCCCACCGAGAGGAACCGGCCCAUCAACAUCAAGCCAUCCCAUAAGUUCUCUGUCAUGGAGGAGUUUAGGAACGAUGCCCGCGUGACCAUCACCUUGGCCCAGCUGAGAGUCUCGGCCUCGGGUCAGUACCGCUGCGAGGUCAUCGCGGAACAUCCCAGCUUCCGAACGGAGGCCAAGAGCGCCACCAUGACCGUCCUGAGUAAGUAAGAAAGAUUAUGAAUA